GCGCUCCCCUCCCUGUCCUGGCACCGGCUUGCCAGCCGCGCCGCCGCUCGCGCUGCCCCCGGGAGGGGACCCGAGGCGCGCGGAUCCCUCCCCGCCAGGCCUCCCACGUCGCCGACCCGCGAUGGCCAAGCGCAGCUCGUUGUCCAUCCGAAUCGUAGAAGGGAAAAACCUGCCUGCCAAGGACCUCUCAGGCAGCAGCGACCCCUACUGCAUCGUGAAGGUGGACAAUGAGCCCAUCAUCAGGACGGCCACUGUGUGGAAGACCCUGUGCCCCUUCUGGGGUGAGGAGUACCAGGUGCAUUUACCCCCCACGUUCCAUGCGGUGGCCUUCUAUGUCAUGGAUGAGGACGCUCUCAGUCGGGACGAUGUUAUUGGGAAGGUCUGCCUCACGAGGGACACGCUAGCCUCUCACCCGAAAGGAUUCAGCGGCUGGGCCCCCCUGACUGAAGUGGACCCCAAUGAGGAGGUGCAGGGCGAGAUCCACCUGCGCCUGGAGGUGGCGCCAGGGACCCAUGGCAAGCGGUUGCGCUGCUCCGUGCUUGAGGCCAGGGACCUAGCCCCAAAGGAUCGGAAUGGUGCAUCUGACCCUUUUGUCCGAGUGCACUACAAUGGCCGGACACGGGAGACCUCGGUGGUGAAGAAAUCCUGCUACCCACGCUGGAACGAGACAUUUGAAUUUGAUCUGGAGGAGGAAGCUGCAGAAGCGCUGUCCGUGGAGGCCUGGGACUGGGACCUUGUUAGCAGGAAUGACUUUCUAGGCAAAGUGGUGGUCAAUGUCCAGAGACUGUGUUCAGCCCAGCAGGAAGAAGGCUGGUUCCGACUGCAGCCUGACCAGUCCAGAAGCCGGCGAGGCGAGGGCAACCUGGGCUCCUUGCAGUUGGAGGUGCGGCUGCGGGAUGAGACCGUGUUGCCUUCUGUCUGCUACCAGCCUCUCGUCCAACUGCUGUGCCAGGAGGUGAAGCCGGACAACCAGGGCCCAGGGCACCUGAUUCCUGUCAUCGAGGAGACAACUAGUGCCGAGUGUCGCCAGGAAGUGGCCACCACCCUGCUCAAGCUCUUCCUGGGGCAGGGGCUCGCCAAGGACUUUCUGGACCUGCUCUUCCGGCUGGAGCUGGGCCGAACCAGUGAGGCCAACACCCUCUUCCGGAGCAAUUCCCUGGCCUCCAAAUCCAUGGAGUCUUUUCUGAAGGUGGCAGGGAUGCGCUAUCUGCAUGGCAUCCUGGGCCCCGUCAUUGACAGGGUGUUCGAGGAGAAGAAGUACGUGGAGCUGGACCCCAGCAAAGUGGAAGUUAAGGAUGUAGGGUGCUCUGGGCUGCACCGCCCACAGACGGAGGCUGAGGUGUUGGAGCAGAGCGCGCAGACGCUGCGUGCCCACGUGGUGGCGCUGCUGAGCGCCAUAUGCCGCUCAGUUCGAGCCUGUCCAGUAGUGGUUCGCGCCACUUUCCGGCAAUUGUUCCGGCGUGUGCAGGAGCGCUUCCCGAGCGCCCAGUACCAGAAUGUGCCAUUCAUCGCUGUCACUAGCUUCCUGUGCCUGCGCUUCUUCUCUCCUGCCAUCAUGUCGCCCAAGCUCUUCCAUCUGCGAGAGCGGCAUGCAGAUGCCCGCACCAGCCGCACGCUGCUUCUACUGGCCAAGGUGGUGCAGAAUGUAAGCAAUAUGGACGCGCCGAUCUCCAGGGCCAAAGAGGCGUGGAUGGAACCACUGCAGCCCACUGUGCGCCGGGGUGUCGUGCAGCUGAAGGACUUCAUCACCAAGCUCGUGGACGUAGAAGAGAAGGAAGAGCUGGAUCUGCAGCGAGCGUGCAACUCGCAGGCGCCGCCUGUGAAGGAGGGGCCGCUGUUCAUCCACAGGACCAAAGGCAAAGGUCCCCUUGCGUCCUCCUCGUUCAAGAAACUCUACUUCUCCCUCACCACUGAAGCCCUCAGUUUCGCCAAGACAUCCAGCUCCAAGAAAAGCGCCUUCAUCAAGCUCGCCAGCAUCCGGGCCGCGGAGAAGGUGGAGGAGAAGAGCUUUGGCAGCUCCCACGUCAUGCAGGUCAUCUAUGCAGAUGAUGUCGGCCGGGCGCAGACUGUCUACCUGCAGUGCAAGUGUGUGAAUGAGCUGAACCAGUGGCUGUCUGCGCUGCGUAAAGUGAGCACCAACAACCCUGGCCUCCUGGGAUCGUACCACCCUGGCAUCUUCCGCGGGGACAGAUGGAGCUGCUGCCACCAGAAGGACAAGACAGAUCUGGGCUGUGACAAGACCCACUCUCGAGUGACCCUGCAGGAAUGGAGUGACCCACUGGACCAUGACCUCGAAGCUCAGCUCAUCUACAGGCACCUGCUAGGUGUGGAGGCUGCACUUCGGGAGAAGCACCGGCUACUGAGUGGGGAAAGAGCAGCCGACGUCUCACCCACAGGCAGUGGUGGAGCUCCAGAGGACUCCCUGGCCCAGUUGCUUCUUGUGCUGCAAGACCUCCAAGAAGCCCACAGCUCCAGCCUGGCUGGCCCACCGCCCAGAGAGCCCCAUCACCUGCUGGAGCUCCAGACGUGAGGUGUACACCGGACCCCUGACAGGCGUUUGGAGAUCCCUGACACGGCGUCACAGUCACCUCUUCUGGGGAGGGCCAUGGUCUUCUCCGUGUCUGAGGGACAAUGGCAGCACCUGCUUCUCUGGGAGACCCAAGUGCUCAUGUCGUCCCGCAGCCCAGGUUCUUCACCCAGGACAGACCCAACCCUAGGAAGCUUGCACCUGGAGACCCAGGUUGUCCACCAUGCACUGCCUCCCUCCUGGCCCUCACGUCAGCCCUGCCGCUGCCUUACCCUCCGUGCCGGGUGUCAUGGUGCUCUGCUGUCAUUAAUAAACCUGUGGUGAAUCCA